CAAGUUACACCCCUUGGUUACCGAAGGUGAACUUUGUACUUUCGUAUCAGCUAUUUUUUUUUUUUGAACGGUAAAGAAAUGACGCGACCUAUAAAGUUUAGAAGGCUAGAAAAAAUAUUUUUCAUAUUCUCAAUCAUUGUAUUCGUCAAUGUUGCACACUGCAAAAAGACAACUGGCUACUUUUGGCAAGUAACAGAUUUCCAUUAUGAUGCCAAUUAUAGUACAUCAGGUGACCCUGACAACAUGUGCCAUAAAGGGAACAGUAGUUCACCAAACUUGAUUGGUAACUAUGGAAACUAUCUGUGUGAUUCUCCAUGGCAACUGAUCACCUCAGCUGUACAGGCAAUGUACAAAAUCCAACCAAACCCAGAUUUUAUCAUCUGGACAGGAGACAGUGUUCCCCAUGUGAAUGAAAAGGAUCUAGAUCUUGACAAAGUCUUCAUGUUAAUUGGAAAUGUUACAGCAGAGCUUAUGUCAGUGUUCCAAAACACAACAAUCUAUCCAGUGCUCGGAAACCAUGACCCAUAUCCCUCCAAUAUGAUGCCCUAUGAUGUAGAAGACACAAAAUAUUACAAGGAUAUAUUAGAUGUAAGCGGCUGGCGUGCAGUAUUAGGACAGAAUGAGAGCAAGCAGUUUAUGAAUGGUGGUUACUACAGUUCCCAUUUAUCUGAGAAGAUCAAGCUACUAGGCUUAAAUACCAAUCUCUACUAUAACCUAGACAAGCUGACCAAAGGUCUGCCUGAUCCUGCAAACCAGCUUAAAUGGAUUGACAAUCAGCUUCAGUCAGCAAGAAAAAAAAAUGAACGGGUACUUAUUAUUGCACACGUUCCACCAGGACUGUUUGAGUUGUUUGAAGGAAUGGCAUGGUUCUAUGAAGACUUUAACAAGAAAUACCUGGAGGUGAUGGAGAAGUAUUCUGAUGUAAUUAUAGCACAGUUGUAUGGCCAUGAACAUACGGACAGCUUUAGAGUACAAUUUGAUAAAGAAGGUAAACCUAUUUCUGCAUUAUUCUUGAGUCCUGCUGUAACACCUUGGAAAAGCACAUUACCAGGUGUAGGUGCCAAUAACCCGUCUAUAAGACUGUUCCAGUAUGACAGAGAGACAGGUGUGCUACUAAAAUAUGAGCAAUACUUCCUCAACCUGACUGAAGCCAACAUUGCCAGUGAUCCGACCAAAUGGGAGAAAGAAUAUGACACUUCUGAUGUUUAUGCCAUUGAUCAACUUAAACCUGUUGAACUGCAUACUGUGUUAAAGGGAUUUUCUGAUAAAAAGAAUAAAGUCUUUAGGAAAUAUUUAGACUUCAAUAGUGUGAAAUGGCUUGUAGGUCAAAACUGUAAUGACACAUGCUUUCAAAAGCAUAUCUGUGCAAUAUCAGAGCUAGACAUUGAUAACUAUAAAACAUGCAUGGCAGGUGGACAGACAACCGAACACCCAGAGACAUCAAGCAAGCAUCAGCAUUCCACGCCAGAACCUCAAGUGCCUAACUACAUGUACUAUGUGAUAGGAACACUGGCUGUAGCACUAUUUAUUUUAUUCUUAGUUGUAGCUUUCAUGUGUUUUAAGAGAGGUGGUAGGGUAUCUGCACCAAGAUAUGCUAAAUUUGGCUCCCUUUCUGUAAAUACUCAAAAUAUUUAAAUGCUAUUGUAAAAUAAUUAACAUGAUGGAAAGAAAAGAAAUAAAAAUCAUAUUAUACUAAUUAUGAAUGUUUUAGAAUGGUAGUUAAUCUUAAAAUUUUAAAGGUUCAAGCUUAAAAUAACAAAAUUAUUCAAGCCAAGAAUUUGAUCAUUGUGUAAUUAAGUGUUCAAAUCUGGAUAUUAUGCAAGAAUAAAAAUAUAUUUACCUUCAUCAAAUUUAAUUUUCAAAACUAAUUUAGUUAUUAUUGUACAGUUUAGAUUGAUAUCAUAUUGAAGCAUUCCAUUUAAAAAAAAAUAUAGUUAUAAGAAUAUAAUCAUAAUAAUGUCUUUAGGUUGUUUGCCCCAAGAUACAUUCUUGUUUCUAAUUAGUAUAUUUGUGAAGUGUAUGAAAUGAUAAUAUAGUUAAUUGUUUAAAUAUAUUUGAUAACGAAACAAACCAACAAUACCAAGAGGAGAUGCGCAAAUCGUUGUCUUGUUCCGGUCAGUUACUUUAACUCAGAAUUAUGGCCCUUGAUUAAUUAUGCAGUAUGCAUGUAGAACAAUAUUAUUUGUUUCUGCGCUACUUCUCUGCAACUACUGGCUGGAAUUCAAUGAAACUUUAUGGAAACCUUCAAUACUAAGAGGAGAUGCCCAUAUCGUGGCCUUGUUCUGGUCAGACACUUUAACUCAUAGUUAUGGCCCUUGAUUAGUUAUGCAGUAUGCAUAUAGAGCAAUAAUCGUUUCCGUGCUACUUUUCUGUAACUACUGGCUGGAAUUCAACAAUACUUCAUGGGAAUCAUCAAUAUCAAGAGAAGAUGCGCAUAUCAUCGGCUUGUUCCAGUCAGACCCUUUAACACAGAGUUAUGGCCCUUGAUUAGUCAUGCGGUAUGCAUAUAGAGCAAAAAUCGUUUUCGCGCUACUUCUCUGCAACUACUGGCUGGAAUUCGAAGAAACUUUAUGGGAACCUUCAAUACCAAGAGAAGAUGCAUAUAUCUUCGCCUUGUUCUGGUCAGACACUGUAACUCAGAGUUAUGGCCCUUGAUUAGUCAUGCAGUAUGCAAAUAGAGCAAUAAUUGUUUCCGCGCUACAAAAUGUACUUCUCUGCAACUACUUGCUGGAAUUCAACAAAACUUUAUGGGAAUCAUCAAUAUCAAGAGGAGAUGUGCAUAUUGUCUGCUUGUUCCGAUCAGACUCUUUAACUCAAGAGUUUUGGCCAUUGAUUAGUUAUGCUGUAUGCAUAUAGAGCAAAAAUCGUUUCCGCGCUACUUCUCUGCAACUACUGGCCGUAAUUCAACGAAACUUUUUAGGAACCUUCAAUACCAAGAGGAAAUGCACAUAUCAUCGCCUUGUUCCGGUCAGACACUUAAACUCAUAGUUAUGGCCCUUGAUUAGUUAUGCAGUAUGCAUAUAGAGUAAUAAUUGUUUCCGCGCUACUUCUCUGCAACUACUGGCAAGAAUUCAAUUAAACUUUAUGGGAACCAUUAAUACCAAGCGGAGAUGUGCAUAUUGUUGCCUUGUUCAGACCAGACCCAGAGUUAUUGCCCUUGAUUAGUUAUGUAGUAUGCAUAUAGAACAACAUUGCCAUUUCUUUGCAACUGCUGUACUGAUUUCAACAAAACUUUAUGGCAACCAUCGAUACAAAAAGGCAAUUUACAUCUCAUUUGCAUGUCCAGAUAUUACUAUUUAAAACAGAGUUCUGUUUUUGCCCUGAAUAUUUAUCAUGUACAAAGAAUAUUACUGUUUAUGCCAUGAUAAAUAUAUAAAUAAAGCCUUAUGUCUUC